AGCGCGUCACAGGGUGACCUUCGUGCUUAGUAAACACUGUGCCAAGGCCUUGCUGACCAAUAAAUCGUCGGGAGAGUUAGGAUAAAUUGGCCAGGAGAGUGACUGGGCUGUGCGCACAGCAUCAGGUCCCUCCAGGCCGCAGCAGCAUGAAGGGCUCGGUGCUCGCGCUCUGUCUGCUCUCCGCCCUGGUCGCCGCCGCCGAGGCGAGGGCCGCGGACACGGUGAAGCUCUGCGGGCUGGAGUACGUGAGGACGGUGGUGUACAUGUGCGCCACGGCCCGCUGGAGGAGGCACGCGGAGGGGGCGCCCCCGGCUCUGCCAGCUGACAGAAGAAACUACUUCCAGCUUUCAAACAGACAUGAGGCUUCUGAGGAAAACCUAGUGCACAACCUUGAGGAGGUGGAUUUCUCAGGAGACGAGCAUGUUCGGGAUGGACAGAUGCCUGUGGAGAAGAGGCAUUCGGUGAUGUCGCGGAGAGAUCUGCAAACUCGGUGCUGCACUGCCGGCUGCUCCAUGACGGAGCUGAGCGCUCUCUGUUAGACAGGACAGAUACAGUGAACGGCAGCUCUAGCCCUCGCUGACACUCUACAAGCCCUUCUGUCGCUUGAAGGACGGCUGGGGAACAGGCCGUCCUUUCCUAAAAUGUCUUAGAAUGGCUGAAACCACAGCGAAGCCUGUCUUCUCCCACUGCUGAGGUGAAUGCUCUCUUUUCAAAUCCUAGCUGUUUUAAAAUUGCAAUAAA